AUAAUAAAGAAUCCCGUACGAUGCGGACUUUUAUCUGACACUGUAGUUCUAUUACUUAUCGAACAACACUGGUAUGUAUAAAAAUAAUAACAGCUUAUCAGAACACUUUAAAAAUAUUGGUACAGCAAGAUUAUUAAAAAGUAUUCUUGUUGUCAUAUAUUACACGAUAUAGAUGAAGAAAGUGAAAUAGAUAAUACAAAUGAUUUGGUUUAAUAAAGUUUUAAUACAUUCUAAUAAAAGUAAUUUACUUUCUAUUUCGAAAAAUACUUUUAAAUUACAUAGAAUGGCGAGUUUUUUGAUAAACGAUCAAAAGUAUGAAUUUUUGAAAGAUUUGGGUCUACAAGAGAAAAAUUUGGGAGUAUAUGAUGGUACAUGGAAAGGAUCAGGAACGGUGGUUCAAUCCGUAUGUCCCAGUAAUGGAAAAAUAAUCGCUGAAGUGCAACAAGGGAAUGUGAGUGACUAUAAAUCGUGUGUGGAUAAGUCUGAGGAAGCCUGUAAAAUAUGGGCUGAAAUACCGGCACCCAAACGGGGAGAAAUCGUACGUCAAAUCGGGGAUUCCCUCAGGAAGAAACUGGUUCCCUUGGCCAAGCUUGUAUCUUUAGAAAUGGGUAAAAUAUUACCAGAAGGUAUCGGGGAAGUACAGGAAUACGUUGACAUUUGCGACUACGCAGUGGGGCUGUCCAGGAUGUUGUCCGGGUCGAUUUUUCCAUCAGAAAGACCAGGUCACGUGCUUUUGGAAAAAUGGAACCCAUUGGGUAUCGUUGGAGUAAUAUCUGCUUUCAAUUUUCCAGUCGCUGUGUACGGAUGGAAUAGUGCUAUAGCAAUGGUUUGUGGAGAUACUGUUCUUUGGAAAGGCGCGGAAACAACACCUUUGGUUUCCGUAGCAACGGCUAGGAUAGUAGCUGAGGUUUUGGAGGCUAAUAAGCUACCCGGAGCUAUAGCCGCUUUAUGUUGUGGAGGAGCGGACGUUGGUAAAGCUAUGGCAGCUGAUGAAAAAAUAAAACUAUUAUCGUUUACCGGCAGUUGUCAAAUUGGCCAACAAGUUGGAGUAGAAGUUCAAAAAAGAUUUGGAAAAUCUCUGUUAGAGUUAGGAGGCAAUAAUGCCCUUAUAGUCGCCGAUGACGCUAACUUGGACAUCGUAAUUCCUGCUACAUUGUUUGCUUGUAUAGGUACGUCAGGACAGCGGUGUACUACCACAAGAAGACUGAUUUUACAUCAAAAAGUAUAUGAUGAAGUAUUAAGAAGACUUAAAACAGCUUAUAGUCAAGUAUUGAAUAGAAUUGGAGAUGCUUUAGAGGAAAAUACUCUUAUUGGACCCUUGCAUAGCCAAAUUUCAUUGGAAAAUUAUAAGAAAACUAUCAACGAAAUUAAAAAAGAAGGUGGUACGAUUGAACUAGGUGGGAAAGUUCUGGACAGGCCUGGAUUCUUUGUAGAACCUACGAUAGUAACAGGGAUCGCUCACGAUAGCAAGAUCGUGAGAAACGAAUGUUUCGCCCCGAUAUUGUACGUACUUAAAGCAAGAAACGUCGAGGAAGCCAUCGCAUGGAACAACGAAGUACCUCAAGGCUUGUCCUCCAGUAUUUUUACUCAAAAUAUUCCUGAUAUUUUUAAGUGGAUAGGUGAGAAAGGUUCAGACUGUGGCAUAGUAAACGUCAAUAUUCCCACUUCCGGCGCGGAAAUAGGUGGCGCUUUUGGCGGUGAAAAACACACGGGUGGUGGUAGAGAAUCAGGCAGCGACUCGUGGAAACAGUACAUGCGCAGGUCUACCAUAACAAUCAAUUACUCGAAAGAACUGCCUUUGGCGCAAGGCAUCAAAUUCGAAUAAACACAUAUUACAUAAUAUCACUGAAUAAAAAGACUAAGGAAGAAACAUAUCAACAAAAUUAGCGAGACCACGAAAGUACUUUAAUAAGCCUAACUUAUGCUUUGAAUAAGAAGACUAAGUGUGACUAAGACCCACCAUGCAUGGUGGGCGGAAAAAGCACUCUAGGGUGGGGAUCCUUGACAGUUCUGUUUGACGAUUCAUUUGACACAUUUGAAUUUGAUU